UGAAAAUAUAUUCAACUAAAUAAAAUUAAUUAAUUACUAUUAUUUUUGAAUUUUGUCCUUUUUAAAUAUAUUAAAAGGAGCCUCAAAAUGACUACAGUUGUUGAAAAAGGAUCCAUCUUGGGAGUGCGCCACUUGCAGGCCUUAUUAAUUUUCCUAAAUAUUACCGUGGUCUAUAUAAGUCGUCUAAAUAUUGGAGUUGCUAUUGUGGCCAUGACAAAUGCCGAAACUACAAAUCCAGAUUUUCCGGAAUUUGAUUGGAACGAGAAAGAAAUUUCUUAUAUUCUCUCCAGUUUCUAUUGGGGCUAUGUUAUCACUCAAUUUCCAGGUGGAGCUUUAAGUAAACGUUUUGGUGCCAAAAUAACCAUGAAUGUCUCAACCUUCAUGUCUGCCAUCCUCAGUGCUGUAACACCUUGGUGUGUGGGUUGGGGUGGUUGGCAAUCAUUUUGUGUGAUACGCAUAUGCCAGGGUAUAUUUCAGGGUUUUCUGUUUCCCUGUAUACAUGAGCAUUUGGCUAAAUGGUCACCUUCGCAGGAGCGUAAUCGCUUGGGGGCUUUAAGUCAUACGGGCAUAGAAUGUGGCACAGUUUUGGCUUUGGGCAUGAGCGGUAUUAUAGCGGAAAGUUCUUUAGGAUGGCCAGGAAUAUCGUAUGUGUCGGCUGGUUUAUGUUUUGCAUGGUGUGUUUUAUGGUGGAUAUUUGCCUCAAACAAUGCCACCGAAUCGAAAUUUAUCUCUGAAGUGGAAAAACACUAUAUAGAAUCGUCUUUAGAGCAUUCAGACGAUUUUCAUAAAAAUAAAAUUCCUGUACCGUGGAAAUCUAUAUGGUUAUCGGUGCCUUUUAUAGCCUUAUUGGUGGCGCGCUGUGCAGAAGGUUAUGGCUUGAGUACCUUACAAACACAGAUUCCUUCUUAUAUGAAUGGUGUGCUCAGCAUGCAGAUCAAAAGUAAUGCUCUAUUCUCAGCCUUGCCAUUCUUAGCCAUGUGGGGCAUGUCCUAUGUAUAUGUCCUAAUAGCGGAUAUAUUGCAGAGCAAAAAGGUUAUGAAUCUUACCGGCAUACGUAAAUCCAUUAACACCAUAGCUUUCUGGGUACCAGCCGCCGGUUUAAUAGGAAUUGGCUUCUUGGAUGAGGGCAAUAAAACCUGGGCCAUAGUUUUAAUGACAAUGCUGGUGGGUGUUAAUAGUGGCGCCACAAUUGGCAGUUCCUUAAAUACCAUCGAUUUAUCUCCAAAUCAUGCUGGCAUAUUAAUGGGUAUUGUUAAUACUAUAGCGAAUUUUAUGCCUCUCAUAGCUCCUUUGAUAGUGGGUGUUAUUGUUUCAGAUACGACAAAUCGAUCUCAGUGGCAAAUUGUUUUCAUCAUUGCUGCUGUCAUUUUCUUUUUCGGUAAUUUAUUUUAUAUUUUUUUGGGCACUGCUGAAGCCCAGCCCUGGGAUGCGGAAGAUUUUCUAGUGCCCAAAGAUUCGGAAAGUUCCUCUAAUAACGAUUCACAAGCCACAGCUGAAGUUGAUGUGGACGUUAAGGCUAUUGAGGCCAACAAACAAAAAUACUAA